GUUAAGACGCUGAAUUAUCCAGUGAAGGAUGAAAGAAUUCGUAUCAGACGAGCUUUUGGCAGUAAGUUCUUUUACGAAUUGCUACUGCAUAACUAUAGUAAGGAUGUAUCAUUAAAUGAGCAUUUUUGUUCUUGUAUAUGUUCGGGGACGAAAGCGAAAUAUUAUUGAAUACUGCGUUUUUAAACUAUAGUUUGAAUAUGAAUAUUCAUGGUAGAAAUCAUGCAUGAAUAUUUGGGGUAGGAAUAUGAAUAUUGCGGAUAGGAAUAUGAAUAUUCGGAGACGGAGUAGUAUAUUAUGAAUAUUUUAAUCAGAAUAGGAAUAAUGAAGAUAGGAAUAUUGAACAAUAUUGAUGCAUGUACGUAGGAAUGUUGAACCAAAAUUAUUUCGUUUCCACCCCGGUGCGAUGAUCGGGAUUUCGUAAUUUUCUUCAUGUAAAAAAUAAAGCACGUUAGUUUGCAGAAAAUAGUAAUUACAUUGGACGAUUUUCAAUGAAAAUUAUUUUACACAAAAUUUGAUUGGUUCGGCAAGACGGCAACACGUAAUUGUGUUGCAUUGUCUCGAUCCUUAAACAUCAUCUUAAUCAAUCUCGUUCCCCGAGCCUGCGAUCCUCGGGAAGGAACGCGAGGCUCUGGGAUAAUCCGUUGCCGGAAGCCAGGAAUUCUGGCUAAGAUUGAACAACGCAUCCAUUUCAACGGCCAAUCAGAUUCCUCCCUGAAACGGAUUAUCCCAGAGCCUCGCGUUCCUUCCUGAGGAUCGCAGACUCGGGGAACGAGAUUGCAUCUUAAUGGGUAUGUUGCUGGUUGCCAGUCCGCGCGCGGUUUUUCGCAUUUUUGCAAUGCAUUGUGGUAUCGCUGGGGGCAAACAAUUUGAAAAAGAACUAUAAAUAUAUGCAUAUUUCUUUGUUUUUAAAAAAAGUGUUUAAAUAUUUAUGAUAUGGCUCUAAUUCCUAUUGGUAGAAGAGAAGUUAGAGUUCAAGGUGAUGGCAACUGCUUCUACAGAGCUGUAGCACGAGCGUUAAACGGCAAAACGGAUCGAAAUUAUUCGAAGGUGAGAUCGCUUUGCAACGCCGUGAUAGAAGACUUCCCCCAAGUUUUUCUUCCUUUGCUUUUUACUCAUACAACAGUAGAGGAACAUCUUAAACGUAGUCGUAAGGAUGGUACAUGGGCCGAAACGGCCGACAUUUUUAGUUGCGCCACUGUACUUCAACACACUAUUGUUGUGUAUUCAAUGGCAAAAGAAAUGGGUAAAAUUUGACCCUUAUCUCAAGAUUACGCCUCGGAUGACCGUCAAGCGUUCCUGCGAUUGUCCUAUUACAUUGGUGUUGCAUGAUUUUUUCCCUCAGUCGAGUCACUUCAAUCUGUUAGAAACUGAUGGUGACUGUUGUUCUGCUCCCACGCCAGAAAAUAGUAAGGAAAGUGUAUUCAUUGAUUUGGUUGACCCUUUUGCUUAUAUGGAUGAGUUGAUAUCGUCCCAUGUGAAUAAACCAACAGUUUUGGUUUCAAAUCCAGUGGAAGAUAAAACUUCAUCAGUGCAAUCAACUGUGAAAAAAUCUAAUACCAUGAAUAUGGAUAAGAAGUCGAGGAAACCCACAAUCCCCAAACUACCACAACAGUCCAAAACGUUUUAUGCCAAUGAGAUAAAAUUGAAAACAUUAACCAAGCCAAAACCACCAAAAUCAAUAGAUCUUGACAAGAAGAAAAAAUCAAAGAAACCGAGACUUUCAAAACCACCAAAACCUUCAUAUAGUGGCACUGAUGACAAAAAAUUGAAGAAACCCACCCUCCAAAAACCGUUAAAACCUAAAAACAUUAACAGUGAGAAAAAAAACAAUGAAACUACUAAAUUUGAUUAAUUGUGAUGUCAAUAAAAAAGUUCCAAAAAUCCAACUCUCUCUGAACAAUUAAAAUCAAAUGCUAAGAGCAGCAACCAAAUGAAACUUGAAGAUCAUCAGUCACCUCUUGACAUUAAUGAAAACAAUACUGAGAAUACAAAACAAUUUUUUGAAAGCAUGAAGGUAGAAGAGUUAAAAACAUAUAUACGAGAAAGGGGUGUUCCAGUUUCUAAAUACAAGAAAAAUGACCUGAUUAUGUUAGCCAAGUCUCUACAUGAAAUGGGUGCAAUGACUGACCCUGAUUUUGAAAAGGAUUCAAUAGAAUGUUGUUUAAAUGAACGGCUUACUCUGCCUGCUGGUAAGAAGGUUCCUGAUCCUUUUUUUAUGAAGAAUAUGUCAUCUGACUUUUCAUCACUUCCUAAUUUUGGAUUAAUGGAUAUUUUCAAUCAUUUGAUAAUGAGCAAGGCAAAUUAUGACAAGGAAAAGCUUUCUUCGUGGAGAAGUUUUGAUGAUAUUCUUUGCCAAGCAGGACAUGUAAGAUUCCUUCAAAACCAAAUUAUUUUUGAUAAUGAUGAUAGAAAGUUCCAUGUAAUUGUAGCUCAUGUAAUCCCUACUCAAAAGGAAUUGACACAAGAAGGUGAUAAAGCAUACAAACUAUGGUUUAUUUACAACCUGAUGGAUCAGUUUAUUUAGCAUUCUGUCGAUGCAAAGGUGGAGCAGACCAAGGCUGCAGGCAUCUUGGAGCUGCAUUGUUUGAGCUAGAUGAAUUUCUGUCAAGUGAAAGAUGUUCUGUGACAUCUCUCCCAGCAUAUUGGAAUCCUAAACCAAAACCUGAAACAAAACCGAUUCCUUAUUUGGAAAUGAAACUUUUCCAUUCUGAAGGUCUGAACAGCAAAAGAAAGAAAACAAAUUAUGAUGAUUCUUGGAUUGACUCUUUUGAUCCAAGACCCACAAAGCAAAGAAAGGAUAUUUCACCUGAAGACAAAAUGUCAUUUGCAAAAAAGCUACAGGACAUUGAUGAACAUUCUGGUAUACUUGACUUUCUAUAUCCAGAUGAUGAGCCUGAAGAUUCAAAAGAGGAACAACAUGCAUGCUCAGAACAGAUAGAAGAUUUCUCAUAUUUAACAAUCUUAUCAAGGGCCUCAUCAUUUGUGAAAAAUAACUUUCUUAGUAAUGAAAAUAUCAUGCAACAAUCUUUAGAAUUUGUUGACCAACUGUCCACUACAGCAUCUGAAAGAGAUGUUAUCAACAAUAUUACAACUGGCCAACACACCACUCAAUGCUGGCAUGAAUUUCGGCCCUUGUUGGUUACUGGCAAAAAAAUGAAAGGACUUUUUACAAGACAAAAGACAGUAGUAGAAAAAAAUCCUAAUGAAGAUGUGAGUAAAACUGUUCAAAAUUUUUUAACUCCUUCAAGACCAUUUGAAAAUAAUAAAUGUCCAGUGGCUAUUAAGUAUGGCACAGAGAUGGAGGAUGAAGCAAAAACAUCCUAUUGUAGGAUUAUGAAAAAACAACACAUUAAGUUUGGAUUCAGUGAAACUGGCUUGGUUCUAAGCCCUGAUCAUGGAUGGGUAGGAGCAAGUCCAGAUGGAAUAAGAGAGUGCCAUUGUUGUGAAGAUACACUUGUUGAAUUUAAGUGUCCUUACACAGGUAGAGACAUGGAUCCUAAAUCUGCAUUUUUGUUGGAUACUGUUGGUGGGGCAAUUAAUGAAACCGGUUUUCCAUAUAUUCGCAAGAACCACAUUCACUACUUCCAAGUGCAGACUGGAAUGGCAGUGUGUGGCCUGAAGCAGUGUGACUUUGUUGUUUUUACCAACAUGGAAAUCUAUAUAGCAAAAGUAGAAUUUGAUGAGGAAUUUUGGAAAAGUACUGGGUGUCCCAAAAAAAAGUACUCCGGUUUGAUUCGUAAUAACUUCUAAACAAGUAAAGCUUUUAAAGAGAAAUGACUUGCAUCAAAUAGAGGAAGGGUUAACUUAGAUUUUCAUAUAUUACAGUUGUAUUUGAUUUAAAAAUUCAUGGAGAUAUUAAAUGUUUAAAAUCGGGAGCAUAUUUCUGGAUGUUUCUAAAAUAUGCAAAAAAACGGAGUAUCAAAUAUUAAUCAAGAUUUGCCCGACUAAAACAUGCACUAUUACCAGUAAAUAAAUGACACAUGACAAAUUGUUUAUUAUAAAACAAAGUAUUAUUAUCUACAAAAUACAAGCAAGAUUUAUUCGUCCGAAAUCCGCGUGUGUUCCUAGCACGAAUACGUUUCCUUAUUUCAUGAGACCACUGCAUCGCGAAGGAUCGUCAUGGAUCGUUCGUAGUUCUGAAUCAUGCUGUCACAAUGGAGUUGCGAAGCUCUUCUAACUUCUGCAACAUUCUGAAAUCUUGUUGAGAACACCCAAACUCUUUUGCCUUUUCUUAAUCUUGGCAAGUUCAGAAUAAACUGAGAAUGAAACAUAAUCAAACCAUAUAUACAACUCCUGCAUAAGACAAAACAAGCAACUCCCAAAAGACAUCCAACAUUUUUGGAACAAAACGUAACAAAAUAGCGUUGAUACUGUGAUAUGUCUUUGCAAAAAGCAAUAUUAUUUCCUUCAUUAAAGAAUAAUAUUCAUCCUGCUCUAACUGAUCGUGAGAAAUAAUCAACUCUGUUUUGAACCCAUGAAAAACAUAAAAAAAUUAGCCUAUUUAAGAAAAAUUUAAGCGCCUGUCUUGCAUGGUCUUUCAUGUGCCUUUAAGUUUGUAAAGACCUAUUAAAUACUUGCAUAAUUUCGAACGUUCAUAUUUCAGGAAACAAUCAGCUAAAACUUGCAUGUAAGAUAUCUAAAUCUACGCCAUAUAUCCAUCACAAACCCUAACGACAAUUCGCUGAAAAGCAAGUUAGCCUGAUAUGUCACUAAGCGAACAAACGCUGGAGUUAAUAUUUAAUAUGCCGAUUUUCAGUAAUUUUAGACACAUCCCAAAAUAUGCUCCUGAUUUUGAAAAUUAAUAUCUCCGUGAAUUUCUAAGCAAAAUACAACUGUAAUAUAUCAAAAUCUAAGUUAAUCCUUCCUCUAUUUAAUGCAAGUUAUUUCUGUUUGAUAGCUUUACUUGUUUAGAAGUUAUAAUAAAUCAAUUUUGGGACACCCGGUACAAUCAGUACUGUUAAAUUGUUUUACACUAAAAAAAUAAUUUCAGCUCUUUUAUUGCAAAUUCAAGAGAGCAAUGAUCUAGAUUUAUCAAAUAGCAUGUAAAUUGAAGGUUAUAUAUGAUUGGUAAUGUAAAUAUUUUUUCAUUUUCCUAAAAUGUGUGUGGUUAUAAAUAAGAAAUAGCAAUAGUAUAAUAGCACUAAGCUGAUCUGUUUGUGACAAACAAACUAUCAAAGACUUCAAAGAGUGGUUAUAUGGUAUUAAUUAAUAUUACUUGAUUAAUAUUUAAAGUCUCUGGCAUAAAACAGAGUGAAAUAUUGUAUAAACACAGCCAGUUUUGCUUUAAAUAUUAUUCAAAUUAUAUGAAAUAUCCCAUAAAUUACUUCAGGUGAAUUCAACAUUGUUACUGUUAUAAUUCUGUAGUUCACUUGAUUAGCUGCUUUUGAAGGUUGGAUAAUGCUGCACAAACCAGGAUAAUACGAUCCAACAUCAUCUUUAGCAGUAAUGGGAUUACUCCAGACAAAAUUCGGAAAUGUUUCAGCCUUAAAAUAGAACGUUCAACAUGUGACCUCAGGGCAGCAACACGACGGGUGUGGGUUACAGCAUUGGAGGAAAGCCAAGGUCCUCUGCAAUAGGCUGGAGAAAUAAGUUGAAUUUUCUUAAAUGCUAGCAAAUCCCGGAUUAGAAAGCCUUUGUUGGCCAUUACAGCAUCACCAUCUUCUAAAAAAUUAAUCAGUCCUGAAUUUCUGACAAUUUCUUUGUCAGAAGUACUCCCAGUCCAAAGUGGGGGAAGAAAGGAAAUGACCCCAGUAGGUGUUAUGCCUACAAGUAACUUGACUGUGUUGUAGUGCUUGUAGCUGCUCCAUGUAGUUUUUUGACUUUCAGGAAUCAAUGGCUUUUGAAUGUAAAAUUCACAACAAUCAAUGAUCACCCGAAUGUUAGGAAUUCUUUGGAACUGUUUUGGUAAUACUCUUUUUAUCUCACCUCGACUUGGCCAGGGAACAAGGAAUGAUAACUCUUCUGAUAGGAAGAUAAUCCAGGUAUUAUAAAUACGAAACACCUGGCUCACACUGAUUCCAAACGUGUCAGCAAGAAAGUGAACAUCAAAACCCUUUCGUGUUCUUACUAACGUAAGAACAAACUCCUCCCAGCUUGUCCCUUCUUGAACCUGGUGUAUCAACAGAUCCUUUCCAAUAGCGUAAAGACUUUGCCUUUCCUUUUAUCAAAUCAAACACUAAGUCCAGUUUUUCUCUAGUGACCCCUGUGUAUCUAAAACAGUUCCUAUUAGAUGUAGCCUGCUUGACAAACAGGUCUCUUCGAGAUUUCUUUUCAUUCUCUACAGAUACAUCUAUUUCAUCUGAAUGAUGUGUCAUAAUCAUUUGAUAUUUCAUCUGAACCAUUAAAAAAACUGUGAUGAAAAACUACUGCUCGACUCGCCAAAAUCGUCUUCUGGUUCUUUCUUUAUGUUAUUAUUAUGGAUAUGACUCCAAUAAUUUUCCUCAGAUAGGGUUGAUACUGACUGUGAUUUAUCAUGCGAUACAUCAAGUUCUGAAUAGUCUGAAUAGGAAUCUGACAAACAAAUGCUACUUCGACGUUGUCUUUUAGGUUUAGGAGCCAAACUUUCCCUUUUUUUCGGGGAUGGACGGGUUUUCUUCUGUUUAUCAGGACAAUAACCUUUUAGAUAAAGCGUGGGAUUGGGGCAUUCCUCGGAUCGGUAACCUGCUUGAAAGUGUUCGAACAAACCUUCGUAUUUGACGUGACUUUGAAGUGCUUACGAUUGAGCAAUUUCUCCAUUUUACGAUAUCUUUCUGAGUUUUUGGUGAGUAAAAUCUAAGAAUACCAACAUGUGGUUUGAUCAUUUGUUUUUCCGGGUAUCUGCGAUCGUUUGAACAGCCAUAAACUGCACAAUGAUCACCUUUUGCCAUACUUUCGUUGUAAAACUAAUAAUUGUUUGCCCCCCAGCGAUACCACAAUGCAUUGCAAAAAUGCGAAAAACCGCGCGCGGACUGGCAACCAGCAGCAUACAGUGAACUAUAUACAGUGGCAACAUACCCAUUGAGGAUAUUACCUAUUUGCACUGUAAAAUCUGUUUUUACAGCUUGUGUAAUAAUUGUUCUGAUAUUGAUUCUGUUUCAGAUUGUAAAGUACACAAAAAAGUCGACAAAGUUUACGGAUUUUCGCAGUUAACUGAUUACAAUGUGCAGUCUGUUAUCAACAAUGGGGUGAAAGUUACUUGGAAAUCACCACUAGGUACGUCGUACUGAACCAAUGACUGCAGGAAAUAGCAGCACUCAUAUAUUGGAAUAGAUGUUCACUAGACUGAAUAAUUGCAUGCAUGCAUGCAUGCAUGCAUGCAUGCAGGAACUAAAUUUAUACUAUGACAUUAUUUAUACGCGAGCGUUGAUUGGUCGAGAAGCUUGUUUCUAUGACUAGCAGGCCAGUAUUUAUAGUAACUCCAAGCCCACUUCUAACACUAACCUCUAACCCCUAAAAAAAUUAAAACUAGUUAGGAAAAAAUUUAAACAUAUUUUAAGUGAAAUCGUUAGGGCGAAUAAUAUAACCAUCCCAACGUCGGUUCGAACCGCGCACUACCCGAACUACAUAAACUACAACACACCAGCCACUUGCCUAACCUUCUGAGCUGUUUUUGAGUUCGCUGAAAUCCAUUGUAAACAACACAUUUUAUAGUACUGGUCAUUUAUUAAUAUUAAGAUGACCGGCUGCCAGCCAAAUAUAUCACUCUGUAUUUUUUGUACAUAUUCGGCAAAAUGGUACUUUCAACUAUACAACAAUGAAUUUCCGAAAUAUAUAGGCCUACUGUAGCCGUGUAGGUGUAUGUUAAGUCUUGGUUUCCAUAUGGUCGCAAUGGUAAAAAUAGAGUCGCGAUCUUUAUCAACGGCCAGUUUAUAAUAGUUUAUAUCUCUAAACCACAUAUAAUAUUCUCUACAGUACUGUAGUUAUAUCACUCCGAGUAUUUUCAGUUCUAAAAUGUUGUAUUUCGGCUGAUGAGAAAGAUCGCGACUCAAUCUUUACGACCGUUACGACCAUAUGGAAACCAGCCUUUAUUUUCCAUUUUGUGAGCUUUGAUUUAAUGUAAAAUUUAAUCUGAAACUCUUCAUAAAAUGUUUUGAAAUGUUCGAAUUCAUUCAACUAAACUGCUUUUGCGGAUGAACUGCUUUUGCUUUUGAGUAAUUUCAGUUCGGUCUUCAAAUUGAUUUGCUCUUUACAUUUUAAGUUUUGUUUUCUUAAAUUAAAGAGGGUUAUUCAGAAAACUUUUCCACUAGCAAAAAAUUGAAGCAACAAAUUCAUAAACAUUAAAAUUUAAACAUUUAAACCAGACUUGCCCUAUAUUCCACGAUUUUCCACUGUAAAUUAAUUCUUCUCAUUUAUGCAAACAAAAAUUGCUUUAGUUUAGAGCUCAUUAUAUGAAACGAUUUUCGAAAUAUAUGUUUUUGAAAAUUGAAAUUUUGCUUACCCACUCCUGGGAAACAGCCAUAUUUUUGAAAUCAGUGAGGAGGUCCCAUAGAAAUAAUAGACAAAACUGGUCUAAUAUUUCUAUGGGAGGUCCACCCAUGACACCUUGGAUCAUAGCCACGCGCCCGCAAUUAUUGAUGACCUUUAGACUUCGCUAAUGCUUUCUUUUCCACGUGUGUCAGUGUAAAAAGCCGGGCGGAGUUAGUACCCUCGCCCCGGGCUUACGCCGGAACGGCGCUACGCACCGUUGGCUCGGGUGAUAAUUGAAAAAACUACAAAAACUAUAACUACAAAAACUAUAAAUUAAAAUAAAAAUCGGCCAUUUUAUUUUAUUUUAUUUUAUUUUUUAACUGAACUAUCAAUACAACGUGACGUUUACAGGUUGCUCUAAACAAAAAAAUUAAAUAUUUUAGGAAGAAAUAACAGUUCACCAGUUGGGUAUUGGUUUAGAUGGUUCGUGGACCGUGACCAUGGUAGAGUCGGUUUUGAAAAGAGCUCAUUCGUGUGUAUAUUUCUUUCUGCAGAGGUACGAUUUCAAUACCUUUUGCCUAAAUGUUCCAACUUUGCAAAAUAUUAUUCACAAACCGGUUUGUAAACUAGUGAAUUUGAUUGGCUUCUUUUAAUUAAGGGACGGAUCAUAGGCUUUAUUUACAAAUUAGCCGCAUGCAUUUCAGACGGUCCACUUACGACGAGAGACAACCCUAGCCUCCUCCGCUUGCAUCUCGCCAUUUCCCGCAAGUAAAUUCUGCCCGCAAGUCUAAAGGCGAUGCCUGCGGAGGAGGCAUCGCCUUUAGAGAUUAGAGGCGGGCUUGGGCUUGGGGUUAUGGAUCAGCCUUGAUACAUUAUAAUAGGGGUCAUACGAAGUAUAUACCGUUCUCUUUCGCGGGUAACCCGUAAAUAGCCGAGCGGAAUUAGUGCCCUCGCUGCGGACGCGAUGUUGGCUCAUAAAAUGCUCGAUUACGUAUGUAAACAAAGAACGCAAUCAAAUUGAACAAUUAUCGCUUUGGAUUCUUUUCAAAAUAAAGCCUGAACCUAAACUGUAGGAACAAGUGCCGUUGAUCAGACCUGUGAACGUUUUCAGUGCCACCAGGACACUCAGCUCGAACUUUUUUUUUCGCGGUUUCCGGGUAUAUGAAGGUAUUUUUUUCCCGGCUGCUUCUCAGUUUUGUUAGAAAGUAGUGGAAUAUUUCCCAGAUUCAAAUAUCUGACAAAAAACAGUAAUCGCAUGAAAAUUACUCGUGUCCAAACUCAAACCGACUCCGUAAACUACAAGUCACAAGUGUUUGGCUCUUACAGUGUAAUUUACUUUUGUGGUAUAUAAGCGUUAAGUAUAGAAUACCAUAAACAUGGGAUCUCGAAAACAUGUAUUCCCGCCAUAAAAUCUCACGUUUUUUAAGGGCAAAGAUAAAAUCUCACGAAUUUUAAGGUUGGCAGGUCUGUUGAUGUUAACAUGCGGGUAAUUAUAGCAACUUUGCUCUACUACUAAGAAACUUAUAAUUUGGUGAUUUUUUGUCCUUUUGGUUCGCUCACCUGUAUAUACUUAAUAUUUUUGAUAAGCAUGCCACCAAAGUUGUCCGAAAAUAUGCAAAUUUGCUUACGUGAAAGGUGGAGUGAUCUGUCCAUAGAAAUAUUUUCUUUCCUCCUAUUCAUCGUGACUAGAACAGCAUGCACGUAAUCUUAUUGUUUUUCUGUUUGUUCAAUUACAGAAUACGUCGUUUGUUGUUCAUGAGUCAUCACAUUGGAGGAAGGACGAGAACAUAUCAUUUGCGGUUAGUAUUUAGUAUGCAAGCCGCUGUAGUAUUGUCUAUAUAGAACUGCAUGCAUUUGAGUGUGAUUUGAACAACAUAACUUUGGUGGUCCAGUCACUAUUUGAAUUAAUUUUACCCUGUAUUUGGACGCGUUUUAAGUUUAUUCAAUCUACUGUUUAGAUAUUGUAUAUUUCUAAAGGCUAGUAUAGCCUAGGACAGAAAGAUUUUUGCAUUAUUUUUUUAAUUUUUUGCAUUAUUUCAUUAACUUAAGGUUUCGAGAUUUGUAACCAUUAGAUAGUCACCUUACUUUGGUCAUUGUGGUUGAACACUUCGGUGUUAAGAUCAUCACUUUUUGAAUGGGAAAUAGUGUUGAACAAUAUCUUAAAACCGCGUUCCGUUAAUCUUGUAUUUUAUUUUCAAACUUUGAUGCCUUGUUUUAAGGCCUGUCUACUCGAUACGAGUUUAUACGAUUCUUAUUCUGGCGUAUGUAAUUGAAUGUAAUCGAAUAAACUAUAAAUCCAUGUAUAAAACUAAACUAGAGGGAAAUUGGAGAAUGUAUACCUCCCCCAGCGAAUAAGUAAUAUAUCAUGCAUAAAUUAUACAAUUGCUAAUUAUACGCAUUGAGGCAAAGCAGGACAAACUUUUGCUAAUUUCUCAUCCACUUUUCAUCCAAAUUUAACCAAUUUACUCAAUAGACCUUUCCCCUUAUAACUAAAAUUUUGAUCUCGACAAGUCUAGACAAAACUUUCAUCAAAGCUUGAAAGAGCAUCACAAAAUUUGUAAUAUUCCGAAGUUUCGUUGCGAAAUGUUGUAAAAUGCAGAUAAUAUAGCCCUGCGAAAUUUGCAAUUUUCAGUCAUUUUGUAUUACAAACGGGAAAUUGAUGCCCCCAACACCCGAUUGGGCUGUCAAUUUCCCAUGCGUAAUACAAAAUGACUGAAAAACGGCAAACUUCGCAAGGCUAUAUUAUCCGCAUUUUACAACAUUUCGCAACGAAACUUUGGAAUAUUACUAAUUUUGUGAUGCUCUUUUGUCCAGAUCAAAAUUCUAGUUAUAAGGGGAAAGGUCCAUUUAUAAUCAAUGUCCAUUACUUUCAUAAAUUUUCGAGUUAAUACGUCUGAUAGUUUUUCAGUUAUCGUGCUGACAGACAACACCCUACUGUAUAUGAUUCCGUUUAAUUUCUUCGUUAAAAUAAUAAAUGCUUCAAUAUUUUAGAUAAUCCCGUUGCCUAGAAAGUCUAAACGCAUCCGGUUCGGGAACAGUUUUAAGUUUAAAGGUAAGAUUUCAAACUUUCAAACGUAAGAUUUUUUUGAGAUUUUUGGUCACUGUUGGUCGAUCUAUGGCUAUGCGCCACAUUGGAAUCGCAGGGUCCCAGAUUCUAAUUUAUUUGCCUUUUCUUAUAAUUCGUGAUUCGUCGCUCUACAGGCAAAACAUUUGACUGAUGAAAGGCAAAUUGGCCUUGGAAAAAGGGAACUUUGAAUUUGCAUCAAUAUACUGUACUACACCUUAUAGAGAUCACAUUACGGUCGUUAUGUAUCGUAAAUAGUAGAAUAUAUGAUUUAAAGCACGCCAUUACAUGGUUAUAUGAUUUAUGUAUACCAGUUAUAUUCCUAGCGUACAUGCAACGAUAUCUUAUAGUAUAGUAUAUGUGGAAGGAAUAUGACAGGACCAUAGAAAUAAUAUAUCUAGAAUGCGUAUAUUCCUAUCUUUCCUCAGUAGUCAUUUUGUCUCCACAAAAUGGCGGAUUUAUGUAUAAGGGCGUUUUAGUUCGUCCCAAUCUCUGGUGGCAAGGUAUUUUGCGCGGUUGAGGGGAGUGCCCAAUGUUUUUUUCAACAAAGUUUGCAAAAUAAAUGCAAAACAUAUUUAAUAUUCAGAUUUAAAAUCUAAAAGAGUUUGGUUCCAGUGGUUUUUUUACAAAAACAAUGCAAAAAUCGUUGUUUAAAAUACAGAUUCAAGAUUGCUGUGACAGCCGAAACCUUGGCCAAAACAACAAACAAAAGAUAAAUACAAACUCAAUACUUAAUAGGAAUGUUUUAAAAAAUAUUUCCACUGUUUUAUAGUAUAUAUAUGGAGUUCAAUAAUUUUUUCAAAUCGACAACUAAAUAUUUUUUGUUUGAAAACGUGGAAACAUGCAUGUAUUUCAUUUCAUUUGGUUUGUAGAAAAACGAAACUGGACGAAGAAUGAUCUUCUUGUUGUAACCUCAAGAGAUAUUUAUAGCAAAAUAGAAUUAUUCCCAGAGCGUGCAAACGUUUAAACGCUUUAUUUUCUGCAGCACGACGUUAUAUUGUAUACUUUACAAUAGAGCACGUUGGGUUGUUUUCUCCAUGCACAGGUUCUCUUAUAUAUGUCAUUAAUCUGCGAAACUAUAAAAAAAUGCGUUUGAGUAUAUUUCAGGAUUAAUUCGUUCACUCAUUACUUGCCAUUAGCCACUCCAAUGCGUUAUUCCAAAUUUCAUAUAUUUAUAAAUUCUUAAUUGUUAUUCCAUCCUAUUCCAUCCAGAACCGCAUUAAAAUGUUUAAUAUAUUUCAUGACUUAAUUAAAUAUUACAAUAGCAUAUACAACCCCUCGAGUAAAGACAUCAAGGAAAAUAUCGACAAGUACAACAGAAUCAACAAUCAGUGACAAGACCUCGCGACGUAAUACGAAGAUGAACACUUCAGCCAUGAGUGCCGAAAAGAAGCAAAAUAAAGAAAAAGAAAUAUUUACAUUCGUCAUUGUUGCUAUAGCUUGCGCAGCUAUAUUAAUACUUGGAGUUAUUCUUGUAUUACGAUAUUGGAAACAGAAA